AUGGCGGAUGAACGCUUUAACAUCCUAGACCAUCUUCUGCCAAUAGAAGAGGAAGCUAGUCGAGUGAAAAUGGCCUUGUGCCUCGAGAUUGGUAGGCAAUGUGGAAUCCCUUCGUUAUUCUGGGUUUUGACUGUUCACAGGCUGUUUGUCAAACUUGGUAAGUGCAAUUUUGGCGUUAUUUCCAUGGACUACCUUGGGUACGUCAGUUUUGUAGCAGGGUUCACCGCUGAUCCUUUCAAGCUUCGCGGCAUGGUGGAAUGGCCUACACCAACCUCAUUAUCCGCCCUUCGGGUUUAUCUGGGCCUCAUAGGGUAUUACUGGCAUUUCGUUCACCAUUACACCACAAUUGUUGCACCCCUUACUGACCUGCUUUGCAAGUAUUCCUUCGAUUGGACCCUGGUUGCGGAAUCAACCUUCAACGCCUUUAAAUUAGCCAUGGUGACCCUGCCUAUUCUUUAG